AUGGGAAGAAAACGGACUACCGCAGCUAAAAAACGAGUGCUUCGAAGUGCGACGGCCAAAAAUAUUGAUUUUUUGGUGAAAAAACUUCCAGAGUUGCAGGAUACAGCUCUACAAAGUCCUCCGGCCAAAAAAAGAGUCGCAUUCCAAUCUGGUAUCGACGUUCAUGAUGUCGGUUGUGGACGUGACAUGGUGAACAUCGAUGAACAAUUCGAAAAGGAUAUCGGUCAUAUUUCCUCGGACUCCGACGAUGACGACUCUUACGAAGCUCCCAAACCGCACCCCUUGAAGCCGUCGACUCGAACGUACCGUCGGAGGAUCACGAUCGACGAGCUACUUGAGGAAUGGCAAGGCAAUGAGUCGGAUAGAGAGCCGAAUCCAUCCACCAUCAACAAAGAAACUGAGAGCAAUUUGAACGAACCUUCCGAGUCAGAACCUGUGGCGGAAACCAGCGAAUUUUUCGGAUGUACGUGUGGGAAGGCGGAAGAGGCUCAAAAGUACAAAACAAUGUACGAGUCUCUGCUAAACGAGAUGACUGAUAAAGAAUCAUCUGCGAAGGAGAAGCUUCUCAAGGAUAACGCCGAGCUGGCUGCUCGAAACGCCAAACUGCAAGCUGCUUUAACCUCCAAGCUACUGCCGCAUCCAGAAGAGCCAUUCAAAGAUGUGAGUGGCAAUUUUCUGGACGCAGGAACGAUUCGACAGCUAUCGAUUGAAGCAGACUCGGAUUAUCUGUUUAUCAAAUUUGUCAUGAUGCGGCUUUGGCCAGACGGUUUCGCUGGGCGUUCCGUUACCGGAAGGCGAUCGAACAACCCAUUUGGCCGUUCGAAAUCCCAAAAAUCGACUGAUAAAACCACUGACGUGGACGAAACGGCACAUCCAGGACCAAGCAGCGUGAGCGCCAAUACUUCCGCUGAUGGCACCGGGGAAACUACGAAGCGUCCAUUGGAAAAAGAAAAGGUCGAUUUUGUGAUUGCUUGCCUCUAUCGACGUCGAGUUUUCCUUCAGGACGAUCCUCAUGCUGCCCAAGUCCGCACCAAAGCGGGAAUCUCGUUGAUGACACGAGUUAUUGCAAAUUCCACUCGUAAAUGAAAUAAGUAAUAUGCAAUGUUACACUGAUCUGAUUUUUAAUCUGCUAUUGUUAUUACUACAAAUUUGGAUUUUAUCUUGUUUUUGUUUGUCAUGCGACGUAAUGUUUAUAGUAGCCCAACGUACAUAUUCAUUUUGAAUAAAAUGAAAAAAUAAAGCUGUUUUAAAACGAAAAUGAAGUUUAAUUAUAUCAAUAUAAAUUUUGAAAAUCUUGUUAUCAUAAGGAAUGCAAAGAUUCUAAUUGAUAACUUAUUCUGUUAUCAUUGCAACGAAGAAUAUUAGUUAUCUUCCAUACACAAAAAUAACUGAUUGAUAACUUGUUAUGUUAUCACGCAGAAAGAUAUGUAUCACAGAAAUUGUUAUCAUUUUGUACUCAUUGAUAAUUAAACUUGUUAUCAAACUGGUAUCAUUAGAGCAAUAAUAUGUUAUCAUUUUUGUUAUGUUGGCUGUUAAUUCAAUCAAGAUGAUAACAAAUUAUGUUAUCAAUACAGACUAUAACGAAAUAACUCAACAUGUUAUCAUUAAGUUAUUUUUCUUUGCUCGGGUUUCGUGUGACCUUCUCUUCGCACCACCGUGUGGCGUGUGUGCUGAAUGCCUCGGAGUGCACAUUUCACUUUAAGCCCCUUCCGUCACCAGUUAGCCAGGUUCGGAGUGAGCUCUGUUGUUAAUCCUGUCCGUUUAAAGUGAUCUCCGCUUGGAGUGGGUGCUGGAACUGGUUGGAGCGCUGUGGCGGAGGUGGCGUCACCCACUGGGAGGUACAACAACAUCCGGCUUCGAACGUUAUUAUGCGGACAGGGAAAAUUGAUGGCAGAAAAGCAAAAAACCACGCAAAUGACGCUGAUGAUAUUUCACAACAACUGCGACUACGUCGCCAAUCGAGAUUCAUUUAUUCUUCACUCGGACGAGACAACGUUGGAUGACGGCAACAGCCGGCGGUGGAAGUGAUGUUUUUAUUUUUCUCAUUUUACCCUCUAGCCUAUUAAAGUUCAACUCUUUCUACAAACGUGUGGAACGGCAGCAGCCGAUCUCCAGCAGCGUGAGCCAAUCGCGUGGUCUUUGACUGACAUUAGCAACUUUUUCCUCAUCUCGAUGGUUUGAGGCACGAUUCGUCGUUGUUUGACUGCCGGUGUCAUAGUGGUAGUAAUAUGACAUCGAGAAGCACAUUGUUAAAAGCACAUUCGAUGUAAAAACAUACAAAAUUGUUUUUAAGUGAAUCCACUCCACUUUUAUGUGAAUGUUUUUUCGUUAUUCAUAAACACAUUUUUGUGAAAUGGUCAGAGUUUAAUUUUCCUGAUUGGUAAGCAUGCUGAUUCACAUAUGAAGAGACAUGUUAGCCAGAUGAAUUGUAACCUGUCGGUUACAUCCUAGGAUUUUCAUUAUUUGUAUGAGCCAAAAGUUGGCAGAAAUUUCAUGGUUUUUAUGUAUAUAUCAGAAGGCCCCACACGACUGAGAGGGUUACUCCGCUACCAAACUUUUACAACUCAGCAUUGCUGAAGGGCGUAGAGUAUGGCUAUCCGGCUUUGCAUGUCUAUUUUAAGAGAUGGCCGAAAUUCUUUGCCAUGGGCGCUGCCAUCUUCUAAUUGAAGCAUUUUGGGGCAGAAAUAUAUAGGCGUCCGUGUGAGACACACCGAUCUUCGCGAUCGUUAAAGUAGUGCCGCGUAGUGUUUCUACGACCCCCCCCCCCCUUUCCGAUGGCGGGACCUGGGGCAACGGCCUACUACCAUUCAGGUACCGUCGUUGGGGGUGACAAUGGGUCUGGGGGGUGAGAUUGGGUCAAAACGGAGAAACAUAAAAUUUGAAAUAGCUCAUCAACUAUCGCUAAUUUAUAUUGAAAACUUUAUAUUAUUUCAAAGAGGAGAUGAUUUUACACGUUAUGAUGCAGAAUAAGAUGUUUUGCAAUAAUCGUUUUUUGUUAAAUUUGUGGCUAAACUUGUAUGAUGAAACUACUAGUAAAUCAUUUUGAAAAAAAAUCUUCUUCGUAAUGUUUCACACAAGUACUUAACCAUAAAUUUUCUUAUAAGUGGUUAGCUGUAGGUAUUACCUAGUUGAGGCAACAAAAAAAGCGGGCUGUCAUUGCUCUUUUUAUUGAAAAAUUAAAUAUUUUCGACCCUAUGUCAAAAUAUUAAGAAUGGGGGUGAGAUUGGGUCAAGCAAGUUAUUGAGUGCACAUAACCUUAACUAAAAAUUGAACUUGUUAUACAGUCCCCGUUUGACGUUAGAGUAGUGCCAUGUUAACCGUAUCUUCAUAAAAGCACAUUUUUUCGAAAAUUUGUCGAAGAAGUGUCAAGCGAGUGUGUUCCUACGUUUAGUGCCUAAAAUCAUAUACAUAUAACAAUAAACCCAUGCAUUUGGACAGCUCCUCUAAUCAUAAGUUAAUCUUUAGUGUACUGCAAUAUCGUAAGCAAACAAAACAGACUGAAUAGCGUUCUUUUUCUCCACUUAUUUUUGAAAUUUUAAGGAAAUAUCGUGAAACUACCAGACCGUAGUGGGAUACAGGAAAUAAAACCGGUAACAUAGCACAAUGUCGGAAAGUUUUUUUUUGUUUUUAUUCCUGUGUAUUUUACUAAUGCUAAUUCUACACUUCAAUGUCGGAAAACAAACGAACGUCGAGAUGCGACAUACGUGAUUGCUUAUUGAGUAUUUAAUUUGAACUUUAUGAAUUAAGAGUGGCAUAUAAGGAUCAUUCAUAAAAUACAUAAAAAUACUAAAAAACGAAAAAUAAGUCUACCGUUGUAUUAGGACUCAUACAAAAUUUAUAAAAAAAAAAUCCGUUUCAAUGUUAUUGCGGGAGAGGGUCUAAUAAUGUGAAAUGCUGUGUAACAUAACAUUUGAAUGACCCUUUAUCUUGAGAUGGAGUGAUUUGCUUUGGCAAUACAGGGGCCAAUGAUCAUGUACAUAAUAGUUUAUAACGGAGGGUUAGGAUAAACAUUUCUUAUGCAGUAUACUAAAAAUAUCAUGUUUUUUUUUUCAAUCAAUCUUUUAAUGGGUCCCUCCCUCAUUGUAAUCCCCCCCUCUCCUCUCAAGGAUGUUGAAACUUUAAGUGAGGAUGAUUGUGGUAUCUAAAAAUAGUGAUACAACAUAUAAACGUUAUUUUAUCAAAUUUCAACCAUUUUUUCGGUUAUAUUAGCCCUUUUAGGUGGAUUAAUCAUCUUUUAAAAUUACCUAAGUUUUUAUUCGUCAAGGUUACAUUGUAUUUUAAGUUAGUUUACUAGAUAUGAUCAAUAAAAUUAACUUAUAUUCUCAGAUAGGCGAUUUCGAAUACUUUGACCCAUUCUCACCCUCUCUAAGGGGUGAGAUUGGGUCAAUUUUCAAUCAUUUGUAGUUUAGUAAGCAAUUCAUAUAAUGUGAUACUUUCUUGCUAAACUAUCAUUACCACAUAGAAGAGUAUACAUACCAAAUAAAAAGUUAUUCCGACUUCAACUGCAUUUGUUAUUUAACAAACAAUCUUUGAGUAUCCUUUUUUGACCCAUUCUCACCCCCAACGACGGUAAUUUACUUUAAAUUUUGAUCAAUUGAUCGCCCUGACGGUAAAUUUAAUUAUCAGGACCUCUUGCCGUAUUUUAAAAUACGGUUCUCACACGGGUCGGCUCGGAAGUCAAAAUGGCUUCCGAGUCUAAAUGCCAAGGACACCCCGUCGUCCGAUUUCGGACGAAUCCCUCGGGCCUCCGGCCCUAAUUAUCCAGGAGGGCCUCUCUCGGCACGGUCACUCCGGUCUCGUCCUGGGCCGUGCUGAUUUUGUCAACGAGAGGAGACGCCUGCAUUCGCCUACGACCCCAGCAAAGCCGCUGGACUGAUACCGAUGCCAUUCCGGAUCAAUGGACAUCCCCGAGCCGCCCCGCGGCGAGAUUCCGGCCCCACGGUAGGGCUAUCGCAAUCGUGCGUAACCGUGUGGGCCAACGUCGGAGUACAACAGUGAGUAACAGAACGAUCGAUCGCCUCUCAUACACUCCACACCAAAUGUGAACCCCACACCCACACGCCACAGAAUAGGGAAAUAAAUGUUGUUGAAAGAACAUGAAAAUUCCGGAGUUUUCAUACUUUGUCCGCGUCCCCUUGAUCACCCAGCAGUAAGCCGACUCUGAGACCCAGUUCGAGGAGUUUCUUGCUGCUGCUAGCUUGUACGGGUUAGUAGUUGGCAGGCAGCUAGUUACAGAAUAUCACGGAUGUGAUGGUUGAAUGUGCGUUCUAAUCAUAAAUAACUUGAAAGCUUGUGGGUCUUUGGCAGAAUGUUUGCCUUUUUUGGGAUUUCUUUAAAUUUAUCUUUAAAACUUUCAAGGCAUUUCUUUCGAAAUGUUUGUUUAUGUUUAAUAUUUUAUUAUUAUUAGCUUAAUUAGGGAGAUUUUCAGCCCGAGGCUGGUUCAUCUCCACUUUAAUAUUUAUUGUUUAUAUUUUUUUAUGAAAAAAUACUACCACAUCAUUGCCGGAGAAAAUUUUGGAAAAAAAAAUUGUGAAAGAACUCUGGAAAUUUUUAAGUAAAAUUCUAAAUUCAAACCACUGGUAGACCACUUGAGGGAACUCUUCGAAAUAUUUCUCGGAAGAAAUUAUCAUUACGGAUAUGCUUCCUAACUUUCAAAAAAUACGAGCUAAAAAACAAAACAAUUCGUUUCAAGGAACUCCAUUCAUCAGAAGCUAACAAUCUGCGGUGGGAUUUUCAGAGGAAUAAAACACGGAGAAAAAUCCUAAGGAAUCUUCAAAGGCGCUCCUAGAUGAAUAAAUGGGAAAGUUCUCAGAGAAACAAUAAAAUAACAUGUAAAAUUUUCAAACUAACGUUCUGAAGCAAAUCUUUGAAAAUUUCAACAUUGUCCAUAGAGAAUUUUCCCAGAGUGCAUUUUCAGGCGUUUUUGUCAGUAUUUCGUCGAAGAGAUCUCCCUGGUAGAUUUUUUUCUGUAGAAAAUGCACAACGGCGAUUUUUUUUACCUUUCGCAAUAACCGUGUAUUUACUACUGUCAAAGCUAAAGUCUCUAAAUAACAAAACGUUUUCAAACCUGGUUAUUGUUUGUUCUUAAGAAGAACAGAAGCAGACAUGUUGAAUCUGCCGAGCAAAAAAUAUUUUGGCGAUGGCUGAAUCAAGUUUUGAGAUAUCAGAAAUAAAUUCUACGUACAAGAUCCAAUGAGGAAACUUUUCAUUUUUCUUCCUACAUCUAACCAUACUAAACAAUCGAGAAAGAAAUAUUUGAAACAUUUGAUCAUCCUAGGUUUUUUGGUAAAUGUACAGAAAAAUAAUUUCAAAAAAAUCGAAGAGUAAGGUUUUAAUCCGCGAAGGAUUAUUACUCGCAGGGUAUUUUUUUGUAAAAGUCCUACAAACGACAUCAAACAUCUCCAAAGACACUCCAACAAUCCGUUUUCAAGUUAUAAUUUGAAGAAGAUAAAGUUUUUUCAUACACCUUUUUCAAAAGUAAGAUGAAAAACAAUGGCAUUGUGUUGAUGCAAAAGUAGAUAUUUUACGAAAUCCACUGCGUGAACAAAAUAUUAUUGAAAUUUGAAAAUGUAGAGUCCAAAAUGCUCUAUGAAGAAAUUUCAGAAGAUAUCCCUGCAUGACUUUAUAGGUGAAUUGAUUUUCAAAAGCUUGGAUGAAGCUCUGCAAAUAUUGCUAGAAAAAUUCCUCAAAGAAUCCCCGAACGAAUUUUUCGAGAAAAAAAACUAUGGGACAAUUUCUGAUGAGGUCCAUGGAAGGUUUUCUCAAAAAAAUCUUGAGAGAAAUUUGUGUUGGAAACUUUAGAAGUAUUACUCAAGAAAGCUAUGGCAAAAAUUCUAAAGAAAUUCAUGAAGGAAUUUCCGAAGCGACCUAUGUAACAUUUUUUAAAGAUUCUCUAGAGAUUUUUAAAGAGAAUCCUAGGACGCAUACUAAUUAGACACCAGCAAAACAAACUGCCUGGUGGCUAGGUAUGCGGAGUACGAGAGUAAGUAUCGGCUUCAUAAAAAUAAUUCGCUCUCACUUGUGGUUAGUGGGCACAAACAGGAGUGUGUUGUGGAUUGGCAUCUAAGCCGAAAAGAGAGAUGAGUUUGUGAAAUAGGAAUGUUCACGGUGCGGCUUCGGAGUCAGUUUGGCUUCCUAUUCCGCAGAACCAUUACCUGUUCUGUGGCUUACUUGGUUAAAGCACCGGUCUGGCGAAUACGCCCAAGUAACACACUUGUCACCGAAGAGUCACGGCGGCGCAGGUUUUUGUUGC